AUGAAGUUUAUUCGGCACAAAGCAAGUCGGCGAGAUGCGACGUUGAUUUUGGUCUUGAUCCUUGAGACACAUCUUCUUUACAAUCAGGUAUUAAGCGACCUUUUCCAGAAGUAUGUUUUGCCAAGCUUGAAGUACUUGCGUGACAACUCAAAAGCAGUCGUCCCUAUUGUGGACAUGGCGUUAGUCUCAGGACUUUUGAAAAUGCUAGAAGGCGCAAUUGUUGCUGAGACCGCCAACGACCGAUUCAAAUUAGAAAUGGUUUUUGUUUUCUGCGCUAUCUGGGCAUUUGGAUCUGCACUUACUUUGUCAGAUGACGGUCACGACAAUCAGGCGGAUUUUAGUGAGUGGUGGAAAUCUCAAUUCAAACAAGUGCGUUUGCCAACACGCGAUACUGUGUUUGACUACUGGCUUGAUCCAAUCUCGAAUAAAUUCGAACCAUGGCGACAGAAC